AUGUCCGAUAACAAUCCCCAUCACCCUGGGGUACGCAGCUUGUUAGCCAAGUUUGAAGGCCAAAGUCCCAUCGCCUCUCCUCCGCCUCGUGGCCGAUCCCCAACUGCGUCAGACUCGUCAGGAACAAUUCGGCAGUUGUCCAAGGUUCGGGCUAGCUUUAUCACUGUGGACGGGGUCAUUCAGUCGAAUCCUUCUUCGCCGUUGAGGAAAACAAGCGGGCGUAGCGAUAGUCCUGGAAUGUUUGGGCCGAAGAUCAAUUCGGGGGAUGCGGAGUCAGGCCGCCAGGGCAUGAUCUCUCCCACCCCGCUCAGUCGCAUGGACCACACACAGAACGCGACUUUGGGACAGAUACUAGCUGAGGGUCGACCGAAAGAAACCAAUGGAACAAAGACGGAACGGAAUCAUCCUGCCAAGGAGGAACCCGCAGCGAGCACUGAUUCUGAACUUCGGUCGCGAAACACCCCGCCAAAGCAGACAGAGGUGCCUGCCGCCACGGAUUCUAAGUCCACAAGCUCCGACUCUCACUCGCAAAAGUCAGAUUCAUCGGUAGUGACCAAGAAGAAGUCUUCUUCCGUUGGGCCUGCCCGCCAUGCACCGAGCAAGGCUGUCCCAACUACUACAGCUUCAACUGGUGCAAAGCCUGCUACUCACAAUACAAGCUCCAAGCCUACGGCUCGCGAAGUGGCUAAAGAGCGCGCCAACUCCCUGGCCCACAAACCGAGUCGUGUCUCACUCAAUCCCAAGACAACAGCACGGCCAACCCGCGGCCCAGCACCGGUACAGGAUACCUCAAAGCCACAUGCCGCAGGUGCAUCCAGCAAGCCAGGAAUGAAAUCCCCACCGAGACCUGCCCGUGUACCCGGUUCGAUAAAUACGUCAACCCACGCACCUGCUGCUAAGCCAGGAAGCACAGGUGCUCCGAGCACUCGCACUACUACCACUGCAUCAACCCUCACAAGAAAACCUUCAUCCCUCAAAAGCGCAACUGGAGCUCAGUCGCGUGCCACUACUCCUAGUACCAGCAUUCGCAGACAAUCUUCCCGCCCUUCGCUGCCCGUUCAAGCAGCUCAUGAUACAAGCACUAAGCCGGUCAAUGAGGGUUUCCUUGCGAGAAUGAUGCGGCCUACUGCUAGUUCUGCGAACAAGUCCCACCCCCAGGAAAAGCCCGAGGUAAAGCCUGUCACCAGAACAAGCUCUAUUUCUAAGGCCCCCAGGCCGUCAAUUGGGAAGGUUCCAGAUCGUGGCGUCCACCAGGUGAAGCCUAAGAGCACUGCCCUUCGACCUCAGAGUCAGAAAUCCCAGCCUCUGAACAAGGAACAUGUCCCACAGAAGGAUGGACAUAAGCCUUCCCAAAUGAAGCAGGAAAGUGAGAAAGAGAAUAUCGUGGAGCCCAUCACAGCCAGCUCUAAGGAGACUGCAACAGUAGAACCCGCUCCGGUUGCAGAUGUGGAACAGCCCGAGGCUGCUACCAAGCCAGUUGAGGAGACCGCCUCCCCUGCUCAAAAUGAGGAACCCACCCCGGAAGUUGCCAUUGCAUCUGCUGAGCCAACCGAGAAGUCGAUUGAAGUGUCUGAGCCGAUUGUCGAGGAGACAGUGACUGAGAGCUCCUCCGACCCCGUCCCAGUCGAAGAUGCUACGGAGUUGUCAGCUGAGCCUGUCGAUUCCAACAAAGUCCAGGCUUCAGCCGAGGCUGAGGUGGAUGCUCCUGCUGAGGCCCUUAUUGAGCCCAUCGCUGAGGAUGCUGAGGAAGAGAAGGCUGCUGAGACCACUACCGCAACCCUCGAGACUCCGGAAUCGACAGAGGUCCAGGUCGAGGUUCCCGAAAAAGAAGAUGAUGCGCCAGUGAAGGAGGUUAUUGUCCCCGAAACUUUGGCCGAGGUCGCAGAGGAGAACCCCGCUGAGGCCAAGUCCACUGAUGCGCAGCCCGCAACUGAGGCUGAGUCGAGCAACAUCGCCAUCGAUAUUGCCAGUCUGGCAUUAAACUAG